UCGAGUAUUAGUACGCGAAGCUGCCGCUUCGUUAGUUCGGCCGUGGUCGGCAAACUUCGGUUUCGUGUCGUAGUUUAUGGUAGGGGUAACCUGGAUCGGGCAUAGAGCAAUAGACGGAGAAAGAGAGAGAGAAAGCAAGAGCAAGAUAGAAAUCAGACCAGAACGGUGCAGAGAGCAGAGACCAACGUGUCUCCUCUCGUGCAUGCGUUCGCCUGUACGGAACGGUGGUGUGUGUGCAACAUAGAGAGACAGACAGAAGGACGUAUGCGUGGCGCGGUGAGAAACGUGUUACGAACAGUGACAGACAAGAUGGCGGUGUGUCUUGUGCAGUAGUAGGAACAGUAGUGCGUAGAGUACAUUAGAAGGAUAAAUAGUGGAAGAAAGGGGUUAGGUGAAAGGUUUAGCAGCUGGAUAGUAUGGAACCACCUCUUACGACGACCACGAGACGUCGUGGUCAUCAACAUCAUCCGCGGUACACUACGCGUCGACGUAUCGAUGUCUCCAGCAGAGGACCCGCGCAGUGUGGCCCUGCUGAUAUCGUUAAAGAUACGCCGAUUGGUAACAACGAAACACCAACGACUACAACGUCAUCGAGACUCGACGAAAAAAGCACUGUCAUUGGUACGGAGUGUUCGACCGCGGUGACAGUACCCACGAUCGUCGGCCCGAGGUGGUUUCAAGAUCCGACGGCCACUACUGUAUCCUCAAAAGACGUCAACAAGAUAACGAACAAGCUCGAAGAUAACGAUAGAGAGAACAUCCAACACAGGCUCGCGCAGUGUAGCCUGGAUGUCCUCAAUGAACGACACGAACAGUUUGUUCCUGAUAGAAAUGAGAACAAGAGCUGUGACAGCUACGAGACGGAACAACCAUCGACUGACAAGCUUCGAUUAAGGCCACGUGGGAACGAGAUAUGCAAACACGAGUCCGACAACGAGACGAGGAGCAAAGAAACUUCACCGGAGCCUGAGCACGCGGUCGCGAGGGCUCGCGGUGACGGGAACUCUGACGACGAGUCGACCAACGUCGAGGAGGACCCUGAACUUGCUGAGCUUGCCAAGCUUAGAUGUCCUAGCGAAAGGACCGAGGUGCAAGCUGAAAGGGAAGCAAGAAGAAGAAAGAGAUGCGCGGAUUAUCCUGGAUUAGCUUUCGGAUGGUCCAUAUUCUCCAGCGACACGAUGAUGAAAUUCGGUCUCAUAAGGAACGAAUUGCAGAAUAUUAUGGGGAACCAGCUGAAACGGGCUGAAUCCGAAGUAGCCGCUCUGAAUCGUCGUAUCCAAUUGUUGGAGGAGGACCUCGAGAGAUCGGAGGAACGCCUCGCAACGGCCACUGCUAAAUUGGCAGAGGCGUCGCAAGCUGCGGAUGAGAGCGAACGGAUACGCAAGGCACUCGAAAACCGUACCAAUAUGGAAGAUGACCGAGUAUCCCUGUUGGAGCAACAGCUAGCACAGGCUAAACUGAUCGCCGAGGAGGCGGAUAAAAAAUACGAGGAGGUUGCCAGAAAACUAGUCAUGAUGGAGCAGGAUCUUGAGCGCGCCGAGGAAAAGGCAGAACUUUCGGAAGGGAAGAUCGUCGAGCUUGAAGAAGAGCUGCGCGUAGUUGGCAACAACCUGAAAUCCCUCGAGGUUUCCGAAGAGAAGGCGACGCAAAGAGAGGAGACUUUCGUGGGCCAGGUGAAGAUUCUGGAUAGUCAAUUAAAAGAGGCUGAAGCUCGUGCCGAGUUCGCAGAAAGAUCCGUGCAGAAAUUGCAGAAGGAGGUCGACAGGCUCGAAGACGACCUUGCCGCCGAGAGAGAGAAAAACAAAUUGCUCCAGGAAGAGAUGGAGGCCACCCUGCAUGACAUCCAGAACAUGUAGAUCGUGUCUCGCGGCUGACAGAAACAUGAGAGAAAAAAAAGUCGAGAAAAGAUUUAUAUAAAUAACAAAAAACGUUGAGAAUACAAAAGCAUACGCAGAUACUAGGGUACGAUUCCUUCGGGAUUAAAGGAACAAAACAGAGAUAAAAAGAAUAAUAAGUAAAUACUGUAAACAGAAUUCGAAAGGGGUGAGGGUCGGAGAACGAACGAACGAACGAACAUCGAAAGUAUUUUGAGUUCGACGAUAUUUAUCGAAAUAUCGUUGAGAAACAAAAAAUACACGCUGUGCGACACGAGUGCUUUCGUAAACGUUUCGCAAAACGUUGAAAAACUUUUUUUUUUCUUUUCUUCCUUCCUUUUCUCUUUUUCGUCUAAAAGAGAGCAUAUACUUUACACUUUAUAUACUUCUGCUGCUGCGCACGCUUUUCGCUCGAACUAUCGUUUCUUCAUCUUUUUCGUAGAAAAGGAUAGAACGAUGGUUCAAGUAAAAUGUAUAAUGUAUAAAAAAAGAAAGGUAGGGUGUGCGGUUUGUCAAAGGGACUCGAAGAUGAAAACUCCCUUUGUCUUCUGUGUUUCUUUUCUUCUUUUUCUUUGAAAUCUUUUCCUUUGUUGUCCAAAACAUAUCUUUCACGACUAUCUUAUUUUUCUUUUCUUCUCUGGUAAUGCUUGCUUUUAAUUGCAUUGUCGAUUAGUAUGAUUAAUUUCAAUACUAUUGAGUGUCUUUUAAUUGCUUACGAGGCGAGUACUGUACAAGAGAAUCGUGAGUGAAGACAUAGGAAACAGAGUAAAAAGGGCAAUCGAUCAAAGCGUAUACGUCAAGGAAGAAUUUUCUAUCGAGUUUGUCAAAUAUUUUCCACCUCUUACGUCCUAUCACGUAUCGUGGUUUCCGAGGUUCACGUCCGGCCCAAUUUGAUUCCCAACGUUCGUAAGACAUCGCGAGAUUUAUACCAUUCUACUUUUUGAAUUAAUCUAUUUUGCUGAAAAUUCUAUUCUUCUCUAUUUUAAUUAUUAUCUUUGAGUACAUGAGAUAGUUAUAUAGCUUUUAUAUAAACAGUAUUAAAUUGAACAAUUAAUGGCUUUUUAGACUCCUCAAUUUGUUAAUUAAUGCACAUUUCAAUGACAAUCAUAAAAUGUUCCAAUAAACAUAUUGGAACGACCUUAAAAAAAAUGUUUGACAAAUUCGACCACAUAAGUAAAUUUUUCCUCGACGUAGGACUACUGUAUGAAUUGGCAGCAAAAGGACGAACAUGACCAUUGUUCGUUGCUUUUCGUCGUUAACGUUUUAUAAUUCCCUGGGGCUCAGCAUGAAAAAGGAACGUCCUUGGCCUUCUUCCACUGCUCGUUCGUUCACUGAUGAUAAAUCUUAAAUGCUUCUAAGAGACGCUCACUGCCAGCUAAGUGAUACCUUCGAGGAACAAAUCCAACAUUAAGCUCGUAUUUGCGCGUGGUCCAGCCAAAAAGACACUAGUAUUAAUCUCACUGGUUAAAGCUUAGAAUUUAGCGAGGUAUACGUCAGGAAUAAGAGAUAUAUAGAAAGAAACCGCAAUAUAUGUUAAAAGUUUUUGUAUAUUUGUAGUUUAAAUCGUAUAUUAAUAUACAUGUAUGAUAAUACAGGGCACCUCGGAAUAUAUAGUCCAGUUCAAAGAGAAGGAGAUUAUUUCUAAAUAAUUAUGCAUGAAGCGUGGAACGAAAGUCUGCUGAAAAUUUCUUAGAGACUUUUAUUCUGUGUUUUUUAUUUAACUCUUUGUGAUUCCGUGUUGAAUUGCAUUUUACGUAAUGUUAAAAAGUAAAUAAGAAAUAUGUUAAAUUAAAUAAUUCGAGAAUAUUUCGGUUUUAAUUUAUAUUGUUGUUUGUAUCAUUAUUGAAUGUUGAAGUUUUAAUUUUAAAUUUAAUGGACAGAUUUGUAUUUUUAUUUGAUAAAAAUAUGUCAACAUAGACACAUUCCAAUUUUCUACAUUUUUUAAAAACAUAUUAACUAUAAACUAUUUGAUAUUAACUAUGAAAAGCUAUUUGAACCGUGGAGCGAAUUUUUCAAACAGAAUCUCCUUCUCUAAUUUUCUACUACGUGUUCCCCAAGUACUCAAUGUUUAAUCACAUAAAGAUUAUUCGACAAAAUGCGAUCUUGGAAGGGUGAACUUGCAAUCGCAAUUAACGCAGCAAUCAUUAGAAAUAAAAAGGUGAACGAGCAAAAUACGUUCGCAAAAAUCGUGUGUCCUUCUAGUUCACGCUGAGCCACUCGACGUUUACCGAUCGUGCCUGGAUUAAUCCUUUAUUGUAAUCAUUCUCUGGCCAAUAGAAAACGAAAAAAGGAGAAGGAAAAAAGAGGAAAAGAAAGAAUGAGAGAAUUUCCAUUUCAUGGCGCGUACCUUCAUCUUAUGCGAUUGUUCAUCGCCGCAGUUAAUUGAUAUCGUUAAUUAAUAUCUACAUCCGUAUUAAGACCACCUAAUUCGAAGGUGUGUGAUAGUUAAUUCCACGUGAAACAUUCCCCCCUCUUCAUCAUCGUGAAGAAGAAACUGCCUGACCAUCUUUUACGUAUCUAAUCCCCUGGGUGAUUCUCGUUCAUUGUAGCUUGUCGGAUGUCGUGUCGAGAUGAAUUUAGAAAGUUUUCUCAACUUUGUAAAAGUAUGAAGUAUUAGGUAAUCCCGUAAGUAAUGCAGUUUCUUGAAACUUGGAUUUAAACUUAAGGAUAUGAAUUGCCAUUUGUCACGCUAAAAAUCUGAUAAACGAAGAAUAGGAAAUUUAAUGGAAAGAUGGCUAACAAUUGAAAACGUUCCAGCAAUAAGGAACUCUACUUUCUAAUAGAGUUAUGUAAACCAAUAAAAAUCAGCUCAAAAUUAAAUCACCUGUUCGAACGUGCUAUAAGUUCAUAGCCAACUAAUAAACUUUCUCAUUGUUCAAUAUACAAAGUCCUUCUAUCGUAAGAAAUAGGAAGAAUAUAUCAGUGAUUAAUUAUUAUGAACAAAUAAUAAUUAAAACAAAGAUGCCGCAUUUACUUACGGAAUGACCAUUUCGAAGAAUAGUUUGUGCAAUAAUGUUUUAGAUUUUUUGUAUAAAUCGAUUAAUACGUUGGUAUGCUAACUAAAUUAUUUUAGAUACAAUACAAUGUACAUUUGGGUUUCUCAAAAUCUCGGGAAGACAUCCGAAGAAAUUAAUGCGCGUCCAGCGAUCGAAAACGUCACGAGUUAUUCUAGAGAGAGAGAGAGAGAGAGAGAGAGAGAGAGAACGAUAGUGAAAAAGAGUGCGUGUGAGAAAGAGUAAGAGAGAUCAUGCUCUUACUCUCUAAUUAUGAAAAACGAAGAAAGCACAAUAAUUACGAUUCCACGCGUCCUACCGUUAACGAUAAUGACAUUUCUUUGUUAUUCCCGUUUUUUUUUCUUUUUUUCGAGAAAAUGCCAAUAGAGUGAAAGAGCAUGAGAGGGAGAAAAAGGUGGAAUGAAUGAGACAGCGAGAAUGUGUGCGACAGAGAAAAUGCAUAAAAAAGGAAACGCAAAUACUUGAGUUCACACUUGAGAGUUUUAGUUUAUUAAUUUACUUAAUAUUAAUAAAAAAAAACGAAUGGAACGAUAAUAACACUAAUAUCAUUGUAAUGAUUAUUAUAUAUAUUGCUAUUAUUAUAAAACUGUUUGUAAUAUAUAUUUUAAUUUUGAAAAAACAGCGUGUCGUUUGUUUUUGUGCGUCUCUGUGUGAGUGUUGAUAUUUUUUCUUUUUUUUUUUUUAAUCUGAUCUCCAACAAAGCGUUAAUUCCCGAUUUCUUAACAAAAAUAAAAAAAAAAAAAUCUACUGACCAUCAACUGUGUGUACAACGCGAUAUAACACACGACGCUGCCCGUUGUGUUAGCUGUGCGUAGUUGUUGCAUGCCACAAUACACAAAGGAGAACCAAAAUGUGUCCAUGGUACGUAUCCAAAAAAAUCGUGGUGAGUAAACUCGCUUGUUAUUUUAUUUGCUAGUCUUCGAAUUUUUCAACUACAAUCCCGUUGUCCAGCAUGGCCCAUCCCUCUCCUAUGAUAAUCGUCAAACUUUCGACUGUUUAUUCGGAGGAUAUCUCCGAUUAUAGUAAGUGUAUUCGUAGUUUCUACAGAUAUAUGUGUACAUAGUAUAAAGGUCUUUCUCGAGUCGAAGUGAUGAUGAUUCAGAGAAACAUAAUAUGUAGUGAUGUAACCACUGCUUUUCUCUGGACUGUCGAAGUUCUCUUAAAUGGAGAACGUGGCCUUGAGGAAAGAUUUUUAUGCCGCCAUAUUUGUUUCCUUCGAAUCGAUACCAUUUUAAUUAGGCUCUCGUAUUUUUAGAAAUAUAUAGAAUACUUAAUUUUUUUUAUAACUUUUAGCAACAACUUUGUACUCCCUUAGAAAAAAAUCUAGAAUUAUAGAAAAUAGCCUCUCUCGUUGUCACUUAAGGAACAUGUAUAGUAUAGAUUCUGCGUUUCUAACCUAUGAGUCGCGAUCCCGAAAAAGUAAAGUGUUUUCUGAUUAGUCGCUAGUCAAUUUCAACUGAAAAUGUUUGGCACUUAUUUACUUCAGUAUGGCAACAGAGUUAUAUGAGAUAAAAAUUGUAAAGUAAAAAUAGAAUAGAAAUUGACUUUACCUUAAAAAAAGAUUUUUAGCGUUUAUUUAUCAAUGUAAUCUUCCUUAUAUAUAUAUAUAUAUAGAGAGAGAGAGAGUGGAGAAAUUGUAAAUUAUUUGUCCAUUAUAAAGAGGAUCGCGAUUCGAUAAAGAUUAGGAAACACUGAUACAGCUAAGAAUCAUCUUUCUUUAUUCCUCAAAUUUAAAUCAUAUAUUCAUAUUUCAUACACGACGCGUUACAUCAGCAUCAUAAACUAUAAUUCAAACUCCAUGGUCUACAAGCAGCUGUCAGAGAUACACGAGUCUCAUUCAUCUUUACUAAAACAUCCAAGGAAGAACAGAUUGAAUCUGCUCCAAAGCCCCCACUUCCUGUCCAACCAACGCUUCAUAGCUCUUUAACGAUUCUCAGCAGCUUAGCGCACUACCUUCUUAAAGCUUAGAUCUGCUCGGACACUUACGACACUGUCGAGUAGAUAUCGAAGAGUUUGCAAAUUUUCUUCGAAAUAACAUUGCGAAUGCUUGCAGAUGAAAUGGUGGCUGAGAAGGAGAAAUACAAGGAAAUCGGAGACGGCUUGGAUCAGGCAUUCAUGGAACUCUACGGCGUCUAACGUGCCACUAACCAACCUCUUUAACGCUUCGACCAAACAAAUAAAAAAAUAUAUAUAUAUAUAUAUUCAUAUAUAUACCACCAAAAUUUCAAACUUUCUCACAAUCUCGCUUGCUCUUAACACGUACUCCGUAAGUUACUUCUCGAGCUUAACCUGCUUAACUAACGACUUCGAGGCUCUAAUUUGCCACAAGACAGCACUUUUCCAUGAAAGUGAAAUAUCGAUAUCCCUUACUGAACCGAGACAAUGGUGAUAUCCGUAGAAACAUCGCCAUGAAUAUCAUUUUUUUCACUUUAACUCUUUGUUUAUUUCCACGAUUAUUGUAUCUUUUAUUGUCUCUUUAUUGUAUCCAUUUAUAGAAGAAGAUUUUUGUCAAAUUAUUUUUGGAUCGUACAAUUCAAAUAAAGCUCCGAUUGUUUGAUAAAGAAGGAAAUGGUGUAAACUUAACAUAACAGAUACAUAUAAGCAAAGAGUUAAAAAUCAAACAUUUUGUCAUCGAAAUGCAUUUUUUUAUUACCAUCAGAUCAUUUUCAUAUCAAUAUUUUCAUACAUUAAGUAUGUGUAAAGGCGAUGGAGCAAUAUAUUCGCUUUUUACUUUUUAGGAUAAUACAGAUUAUCUUCUAUAUAUAGAUAUAUAAGUGUAACGAUAAAUGUCUUAUUAGUUGCUUAAUCUGAUAAAUUUUUAACGAAGGCAUUGUUUAUUUCAGACGAGCUUGUACACGAGAAAGAAAAGUACAAAUACAUCUGCGACGAUCUGGACCUCACCUUCACCGA